AUGGCCGAUGAAUUCUCUCUCUUCACCUCUAUGAGGUACGACACAGAACUCCAACAGCUCCAAAGUCAUGGACUUGAUGGCCAAGGUUGGAAUUUUGAGAACGAGUCCCCUCUCUACAUGCUCGACUUUCACCGAGAUCGGCUUCUCCGGGCAGCAACGCAUUGGAAAUGGCAGCCUUCAAUUGACCGACUUUCGGGUGCUAAUGGACUUUCAACUCUGGCUCAACUCAUCUCGGACUCUGUUGGAUCGGCUCCGCAAUCAUCCUUGAAAGUGCGAAUAGUAGUGUCGUCUCAAGGUGAUAUCAAGGUUGAACAGUCAAGCACUCCUGAAGUUCCUCUACAGAACCUCCUGCCAGUUCGGCUCCCACAUCCUUCUUGUGUUCCACUAGAUGAUGAACCUAGGAAAACCUCUGGCUAUACUCUUCUUGUAGAUCAGGCUCCAACAUCAAGGUCCGAGUAUACUCACUUCAAAACCACAAAGAGAGACAUGUACGACGCUGCCCGACGACGGGCUGGUAUUACCUACGCAGAUCCUAUCGAAGUCUUAGUAGUCAACCAAGAUGAUGGGUUUGUGAUGGAAGGCACCUUUACUACGCCCUAUUUCUGGAGGGACGGCCGUUGGGCUACACCACCCGUUGCAGCCCAGUUCAGCCAGGACGAAGGCGAUGGAGGGCAAGAUGGAACUUCGAGACGUUGGGCAUUGGAACGGGGGUUGGCCUCUGAGCAAGUUGUCGAUGUCAAGUCUCUGGUCCAUGGUGAAGAGUGCUGGAUCAGUAAUGGGGUCAGGGGGUUUAUCCCAGCAACUAUUCAUCUUCCUUGA